AUAAACAGGGCAGAUCAUCGUAACUGUAGAUUUGCGAAUCAAUAUCACUAUUCUAUGCUCACAAAAUUCCAUCCUUUGUACCUUUGCACCUUUGUACCGACCGAUUUUCACCAUGCCCGGUGCCCGUUUUGUUGCAAACCCUAUAAUUAUACUCGGAGAUGAGAGAGCCAGAAUUGGCAGGCAUGAGAUCCCUUGUCGAAUGGCCAUCCAUGAGGUCGUUGAAGCCAUUACCAUUAUUCGUCCGGACGGCCCAACUGAGUACAAGUUCGACAGAAAUAUACUGUUUAAUCCAGGAGAAUCUGUAGAAUUGGACCCUUCAGGUGAGUACGUCACGGAUGGAAAAGAAGAAGUGAACGUGACUAACAAUUGUAACCAUACAGAUAAGGAUUGUUGUAUACUCUCCACUCGACGAGGUGACCAAUUUGUUGAGGUGCCGAAGGCAUAGGUGCUUGGCUGUUGGAAACUACCAAUGGUGGAGCAUAUACGACAUCUUGUAUUGAAACAAUUUCCCAACAUGAGUGACA